AUGUCUCCCUCCGCCUCCCCAGUCCAGAUCCCCAACGUCAAAGAAGACGCUCGCCGAGCCUUUGAUGUACUCCAGAAAGGCGGACUUGCCAUCGUGCCUUUCAGCGUUGGAUACGCAAUCACAGCCACCGACCCAGUAGCGCUCCAACGAGCCUUCGAGACCAAGCAACGGAAACCUCACAAACGUCAUGCCAUGAUCGGAAGCUACGCCUUGCACAAGGAGAUUCAUGUCCUUCCUGAGCGUGAAGCGGGCAUGGUGGGACUCCUGACUAAAACGCUGGAUAUGCCUUUGGGAGUUGUAGCCCCGUUCCGAAAGGAUCAUCCCUUGAUUCAGAAAUUGGGUGAGGAUUUGUUGGCGAGAAGUUCAAUGGAUAAUACUUUAUCUAUGCUGGUGAACGGCGGCCCUUUCCAAGAUGAGCUUUCAAGAUUGGCCGUGGAGGCUGGAGUUCCGUUGAUGGGAUCAUCCGCAAAUGUGAGCGGCAAAGGCACCAAGUCCUUCGCCGAAGACAUCGAACCCGAAAUUCUGGCCGUAGCAGACAUUGUCAUCGACUACGGCAAGAUGAAGUACGUCCACCCUCGGCCGUCUUCGACAAUGAUCAACUUCAAAGACGUCUCCGUCAUCCGAUUUGGAUCCUGCUACGAUGCCAUCAAAGAUGUCAUGAAGCGCUUUUACGAUAUAGACUUCCCGGAAGACCCAGGUAGACAGAAUCUGUUCUCAGGGCACCUAGAAAAAGAGGCCAAUACGUACUGA